AUGAUAGUCUUCUGGUUGCUGGCCCUUGGACAAGCGAUCUCCGCAAGUCAUAUCGUCGAUUUGGACAAUCCGGCGGCGCAUCCCGAUACCAGCGUGGAGUGCGCCAAGCAGUGCGCUUCUUCACUUCGCACCGGCUUGUUGGCCGCUCUGGGAACCCAUUCCACGCCAUAUUCAUCACUUCUAGCCCCAUUCCACCAUAUUUUCUCCCAAAACCCAGAUCCAAGACAUUCACUGCGAAAAAGUGAGACUACGUGCAAAAGCGUUUUCCACUUUGACUCAUGUCUAUCGAAAUGUGGCGGGUCGACGGAAAAGGACACUUGGCAGCAAUCGAUCUCGCAUUGGACCCUGUUUUGCACAUUGAUUCGGCAAUCCACUAAAGCCGUUUAUGAAUACGUUACUUGCGAAGGGGCCCAGAUGCGGAAAGCCGUCGAACAGUGCGGCCAGAUCAACAUUUAUCCGAGGAGUUCUUUCACGACGUUUUGCCGGGUGUUCGAAAAGUACAGAAGAUGCUAUCAGAAGGUGAAGCACGACUGUACGCCGCCGGGACUUGCUAUCAAGCAACAAAUUGACGACGCCAUCCAAAAAUCCUUUGAGAGGUUGAUGAACAUCAACUCGAAUAGGGUUAGAAUUCCGAAUCGCUGCACUGCCUGGAUCAAUUCUCAGGGCAACGAGGAAGAGGAUGAGAAUGCGAUUAAUCAAUCACAAUGGAAAACCUCACAGCAUCGUUCAACAGAUCUUCACGUAGUGCAGCAAAUUCCGGUGCUACGAGAGGCUCCGAAAGAAGCGAUCACCCCAACCCUGGAACCUCCCACCGAUGAGCCCGACCUCAUAACUGUCAGGCCCUACCUUCCACUCCUGUCGACAACCCCCUCGCCCUCAAUAAGCGUGUCCUCAAGUUUGCUCAGCAAGUCGACGAGCUUGCCAUCUUAUGCAUUUUCACUUUUCUCUGUCUUUGCAACGACACUUGCAUUUCUUCAACUAAGACAU